GCCCCAUACCCACCCCUCCCAGGGUCUCCUGGACCAAGCUGCGAGCCACAGCUGGCCCGGGUUCUGCGGACCCCUUCCCUCCGGGCUUGGAUCCCUUGGUGGCAGCCGCGAGCCCCCAGUUUGGAGGACACGGUCCUAGGGGGCACCGGAUUCUCCGGUCUCAACUCCGCCGCAGUCCGGGUGGAGUCGGCUCCCGGGCAGUGAGGACACUGGCCCCGCGGGUCUCGGGACCUGACGCCCGCGGCGGGGGCGCGCCUCUUGGAGACGCUGGAAGCCACCUCGGCCUUCGGCGUCCCGCGACCCCCGCUCCCGCCCCAGCCCCGGCGGGCGGAGGGAGGGGCGAGCACUCGCCGCCGCCCGCGACCCGGUUCUCGGCGUCUUCGCUGCUCGUUUCGCUUCUCUUGCGCGUGCUUUUUCUGCUCCGGGCGCACCGCUCAGCGCUCGGGCCGGAGAGACGCGCCGCCAACCGGGGCCCGGGCGGGCGUCUCCCCCGCGCGGCCGCCCCGCCCGCCCGCGCACGCACGCACGCCUGGAAAGCCCCCGCGGCUCCUCCCCGCCCCGGGGCUUUUCUCCGGCCGCCCGGGACUUCUUAGCGAGCACAGCCGCCAGGCGCUCGUGUCCGCUGGGCUGCAGCGCGCGGGCCGCGGCUUCUCCCGGGAUUCAGGGGGCGAAGAGCGGUGACCCCGGUGCGCGCUCCGCGCCCGCGUCUACCCGCCCGCGCCCCGGCCCCCGGCCCGCGUCCCGGCCGCCAGCAUGGUGCUGCUGGCCGGGCCCGGGCCGGAGGGCGGCGGGGCGCGCUGCGUGUCCCCGCAGCCGCUGACCCCACCUCGGGGCACGGAGGCCGACGAGGAGCUAGGGGAGUAUGAGGAGUACGAGGACUUCUCCAGCCUGCCGGACACCCGCAGCAUCGCCUCGGACGACUCCUUCUACCCUCCGGGAGGCGAGGAGGAGUUCGGCGCCCCGAGCGACGACAGCGUCCAGGAGGGCGUCCCGGAGACGGCGACCAUCCUGCGCGCCGCCUGCGCCAACGACGUGGGGCUGCUGCGGGCGCUGGUGCGGCGGGGGCCGUGCGUGGACGAGGUGCAGGAGACGGACCGCAACGGCCGGACCGGCCUUAUUGUCGCCUGCUAUCACGGCUUUGUGGAUGCCGUGGUGGCCUUCGCCGAGUGCCCCCACGUUGAUGUCAACUGGCAGGACAACGAGGGGAACACGGCCCUGAUCACGGCUGCCCAGGCAGGGCACGCCACCAUCACCAGCUACCUGCUGAACUACUUCCCGGGCCUCGACCUGGAGAGGAGGAACGUGUUUGGCUUCACGGCCCUGAUGAAAGCUGCCAUGCAGGGCCGCACGGACUGCAUCCGCGCCCUGAUGCUCGCAGGGGCAGAUGUGCACGCGAAGGACCCCCGACGCGGGAUGUCGCCCCAGGAGUGGGCCGCUUACACAGGCCGGGCCGAGGCUGUGCGUCUCAUGCGUAGGCUGCUGGAGCGCCCCUGCCCGGAGCAGUUUGGGGAAUCCUACAAGCCGGAGCUGCCGCUGCCGCCCGUGGGAGCCCCGAAGCCGGCAGGCUCCAAAAGCUGCUUGCAGAGGCUUGCCGAGUGCCUGCGGUUCUCGCUGUCUUCCCGCUCCGCCCCAGGCCUAGAGGACGGAGGGGUCCUUGACCACAUGGUGAGGAUGACCACGAGCCUCUACAGCCCCGCUGUGGCCAUCGUCUGCCAGACCGUGUGCCCCGAGGACCCCCCGUGCGUGGGGAAACGGCGGCUGGCGGUGCAGGAAAUCCUGGCAGCACAGGGGGCCCAAGCCGCCGGUGGCCCCGAGAGGAGCCCACAGCCGCAAUUCCGGACCUCACAGGCCACGGGCGACUCGCAGGAAGGGGUGCCACUGGCCAGCCUGCGGCGAGCCAGCCACGCCGUCCCCCGCAAGGCCAGCCUGCUGCAGCUCCUGCGGCGCAGCAGCGUGCGGCCUGGUGUCGUGGUGCCCCGAGUGCGCAUCAGCAAGGCACCCGCGCCCACCUUCCAGCCUGAGCGGGCAGCGGGCAAGGGCAGCACCAAGGACAGCGCCCACCUGCAGAUCCCCAAGUGGCGGUACAAGGAGGCCAAGGAGGAGAGGAAGAGGGCGGAGGAGGCGGAGAAGCAGCGCCAGGCAGAAGCGCAGAAGGAGAGGCGGGCGCCGCGCUGGAGGAAAAGGACGUGACGGCGCGGGCUGUGUGCGGGCAGCUUGCGGAAGGGUGCACCUGCGCCUGCGGGGCGCGUGCGCGGGAACCGUGCCCCUCCCAGGACCCAUGAAGCUGUCCGUGUUUCUAUGCUGUGUGCUCAGGCUGCUCCCAGGAGGGAAUCACAUUUGCUCAGGGCUGAUUCCGCUAGCAAUCCAGACACCUCGUGGGCCAUCUGCCUGGAGGUCUCCCAUUGGAGCACCCCAAGGAACGAUUUUCAAGAGCAAUUUAUCAGAGGGCAUUUUUUUUUUCAGAAGUUUUGUAUUUUUAAUCAGAAUCAAAUUCAGAGCAUUAUACAGACAACGGGGCUCUUUGUACUGAAGGCGGUGUUACUACGUUUGUUUGUCUGAAGGUUUUAAGAUAACUGUUACCAGAGCGAGGCCUGUGACAGUGUGAGUUCACAUGGAUCUGUGGGAACCCCGUCCCCUUUUGCAGUUGGUUUCUUGUUGGUGCAGGAGGGCACUGGGUAUUCUGAUUUCUUUAUGUGAACAUUUGUUUCUCUUUGAGGGAAUUGUUGACUUUUAUAGCAAAAUGAUAGAGUGAGACAGAGGGAUCAGAUUUCAUUGUAUCUUAUUUUUAAAACUUUUACCCGUAGAGUAAUAAUAAUGCAGAAAGUUGCCAAAUUAUGAAACAGUGUGUAGAUCAACAGGUAUUUAUUGCUAGAACUAUAUGCACUUUAAGCAAGGGAUUUUAGAUAAACUGUAUACAGGCUCUUUAACAUUUAAAAACAUAGAAAUGAGAGAAAAAAGUCACCUAAUCAAUUGAGGGCCUAUUUGAUAAGUGAUGACCAGAAAGGUGAAAUUUAGUUAUGUGAUAUAGAUGUAAAGAUAGCUAGGAACCCCCAUAGCACACACUGCUGAAGUGGGGAGGGUGAUUAGGAUUGGGAGGUGGUAGGCAAAUGUGUUGCAGGCCGAGUUUCCCCAAGCAGACAGGGUGCCCCUUUUGGCCAAGUCUUCCCAAGUGGACAGGGUGCCCCUUUCUGUCAAGUCUCCCCAAGCAGACUGGGUGCCCCUUUUCUCAAGAUGCAAGUCCAGAGACUGCCUCCUGUGGGGACUGCUUUGAGUUUUCCUCUGGUGGUUGCCCCAGUUUUCCGCUCAUCUGCAAGACAGCUUUAUAGAAUUCCCCAGGUGUGGGUUUUGCUGAUUUUCUCGGGUGCCCAGCUCUCAGUGGGAGUUUUUUGUCCAUACUUUUAUCUCCAGUGUUGAGAGCUGCUAAUGAAUCUCUGGCCAUCUGGAUUUGACAUUUUCUGCCGCAUAGACACUAUAUUUAAAUAUUUAGUUUAAGGAGUUGGAAGCCAUAGAUUUAAAAUAUUGUGGACUGAUUUGGAAGUGCUCCACUGUAACCCUAGCCAUGUUGUGAUGUGCACCUGUCUGUCUCAUGCAGAUGGGGGGAGGGUGGGGGUGCUGGCUUCUCCUUGUUUCUCCCCUUGAGCAGAUUUCAGGCCCUGAGCAGUCAGGGAUUUCACACCAGCUUCUCCCCGCACUCCAUUCAGCUGGGUGUCAGCCUGUACCCAGUCUGUGGGGAGACUGUGGGGUGUGAUGAAGAGACAGGGUUUAAAAUAAGUUUCCAGGAAGCGCCUUCUCAACUCCACAGAGAUGCAUCUGCCUUGAGAACCCCUGACAGUAGUUGGGUCACCCUUGGAGGGCGUGAGGGCUGUGACUGCCCCUGGCCGUUUUUGGAGGGGGUCCUUUCUGUGUCCCCCAGAAUCGUGGCAUCUUCCUGCCUUGUGUACACAAUCCCCAGGCUGGUCCCGAGCCCCACAUUCACUUCUGUGGGCUGAGGACCCAGCAGGGCAGUGCCAGUGGUCUGGAAUCUGUGGUUCUCCAUGGUGGCUGACCUUGAGAACAGCGAGAGCCCCUACCCUAUUGUGCAAGGUCUCACGGGGCUGGGGGAGCCACGCCCUGGGGUUUUCCUGAAGCCCCCAGGCCCCUACACACUGCAGCCUGCAUUGAGAACUGUGAUUUCUCCACAUCAGGUGGUGAGAGGCCCUCGUUGCUGUUAUGGUGGUCUUUUCAGGAUGCCCAUCUUGAGCCCCCACAAAGGGUUACUGGUUGGAGCAACCAGUGUCAGGUGAUCGGCAUGGGCGGACUCUGGAUGUUGGAAUUCCCAUCCAUUUCCACCGUGGAAGUUUGCACUGGGAAUGGUACGGAGCCCUCCGCCCCUACUGAGACCUUGGAUCUCUGCUGCCUGCUACUCAGAAGUAUGCAUUUCUGGCCCCACCCAUCCCUCUACCUCAUCACAACCCAUUUUGAGAGUCGGGGACUGUGCACACAUGGGGUCUCACUGGAGUGACAGCCAAGGACUGUUCUGAGCUGGGCCUUCCCCUGUGAGUUCCAGCCUUGGCCGGGUGCACAGGACCUGCUGGGGUGGCAUGGGUGUAUCCCAUGAUCUCAGGGUCUGCAAAAACAGCUGUAGAGAUACGUGCAUUUACAAAAGCCUGCAAAGCCAGCAAGUGUGGGUCAGCUCAGUGAUUUCUUUGGCCAGCCCGACAGUGGACUUGCCACUUGCCCUACUAUGUGGGAGCUGCUACGAUCUGGCUGGCAUUGGGUACUGUGAAGGAGACUGACAGGUGCCAGGGGAAGUCUCGCUUCCUGGGGAGCUUGCUGUGGGCUUUGGGAGCAAAAGGGAAUGUGAAAACCCGCAAGACCCCAAUGCGGGAAGGGCUGUUCGAGCUGGAGGGCAGACUUUGCCCAGUCCCGCUCUGCAGAGCUGAGUGGCAUCGGUGGCUGCCUGCGGGAUGCUUUCGGUCUCAUGAGAUGGGGAGGCAGGGGCCAGGUGGCUGCUGCAGCUCUACGUGAGAUAGCUUGCGCAGGGUCUCCUUUUGGCAGCAGCCUUGCCGGCAGAGGAAUGUUGGGAAGCAAGGAGAGCGUUAUCAGCCGCUUUGUUCUCUCUCCUGUUGCCUUUGGAAUGGGCAGGAGGAGGUGCAAGCAGGUCGGGAGAGGAGUGCAGGAGUCAGCAGAGGGGUCAGCAGGGUGGCCUCUGGAGUUAUCACCCCUCACCCCGGGGAUUCGCAGGAGCUCCAGGACACGGGCCCCAGGAGAGGAGGGGGCUGUGGGUCUUUUCUGGGCGCCCCUUGCAGAGGAGUGAACAGAUGAGCCACCUGAAGGGCUCAUGGGGUUAGUGCAAGGUCUGUUUUAGGCUCAAGAUCAUGGUCAUCUCACUUUGGAGAAAAGAUUUCCCAGAGCAGAUGAGGUGGUCUGGUACCCAGGAUGGAGUCAUGCACCUGCCACGCUCCAAGGAUGUUUUUCAGCUUCGGGCUUUUCUGUUGCUUUCCGCAGCUGCAUUUACUCACUGUGAAGGGUGGCGCUCCCUGCACACACCCCUUCCUGUGUCAUUCAGGGGGCCACUGCCUUAGUGUUGCCUCCGACUUCGUCGUGUUUGCUCUCUGCCAUCUGCUUCAGCAUCUCUCUGCUCCUCAUUGGCCUUUUUUGCCUGUGCCCUUCUUUGGGUUGGGCUGAAUUCCUUGAUCAUCUGUGGCUCAGAGUCCCUGCCGUGUCACCAAGUCGUGACUUCCACGUCCCCAAGACACAGUCCAACCCGCCCCCAGCCCACAGCCCCUUUUUCCAGGAGGUUCCUGACCUGCGAUGGAGGGGUCUCUGCUCGCUCCCCUGAUGUUCAUUAACUGUAAAUAGUGAAUUUCAAGUUGACAGGUACUUCUCAGGGAUUUAUACAUAAACGUAGUUAGGGGAGAAGGUGAGGUAUAGCCUAGUGCAUCUUAGCGUUUGCGUACAUGAGGAUGGAACGGGACAGAAGGACGGUGUCACGGCUGCUGACCGGAAGUGAGAUGCCUGCUGACCCCUCGGACAUCCUGGGUGAUGGAGCUGGGGCUCUGGCAGCUGAGGGAUGUUUAGGGGGACAUGCAGGUGCCCAGGGUCUUCAGCUGCCCCUGGUGGAUGCAUGCUUUGUCUCAACAGCAACAAACCCCACUCUGUGGGCGGGAUGACUGGUAAUGCAGGUGGCCGCUCAUGGCUUUGGCCUGCGGGGCUGACGCUGGGAUAUGUGGGAUGCCCAUGGCCAUCUUCUCUGCCGGCCUCUGUGAACAGCAUCCCGCCGUCAGCCCAGUGCUGAACCUGCCAGGCUGGAGCAGGGCAGGGCUCUGCGCCUUUUUCUUCUCCAGCUCCCCCGCAGCUCCUGCAGCCCUGGACGCCUCAGCCUCGCGUGGUCCCAGCUGCCGCCCCCGACAUGCAGGCCUCGUUCUGUGGGACAAGGUGGAGUUCCUGGUGCUGGCUGCAGAUGGGUCUGUGCGUGAGGAAGGGUCUGCUCCGCCACCUCUUCCCUGGUCGCUGCAGGAGGGGCGCAGCUGUUGUGGAUGUGACAGAAGCUCUCGACCGGGACAGACCCCAGGCCCGCAACAGUCCCCAGACAGUUGGGAAGCCCCAGAGAUACCCGUUAUGGAGAAACACGUGGCAGAGAGUGAACAAACUAGCCUGCACUGAGAGUGGCCAUGGUGCUGCUGGCUGGCAGGAGCACUGAGACUCUGGCCCAUGCUGCCCGGAGCGGGGAGGCAGUGCUCUCGCUGACCUUGGACCCCGCCUUUGCUCUGUGCAGGGAGGCGUGGCUCUGCUCUCCGAGGUGCGCCUGCUCCACAGUGGUCGGAGCUCCUCACCGCUUGCCUUUCCCGGGACAAAACACCAGUCUUUCUCUCUCACCGUAUCUGGGAGACUCCAGUGUGCUCCCCAUGUGUGUGCUCUGCAGCUGCCCUCCACCGUGGGCCACUUGCUGGAUUCUGCCCUGGAGGUGGGUGCUCGUCUUUUGGAAGACCUCCCGGGGUAUGUCUCUGCUGCCUGCCCCUCGGCGUCCACCCCAGACGGCUCAAGUUAGCUCCUUUCCGCCGGGCAGCCUCCUGGAGGGCAGGUGGAACCUUGGUCACGAGAGCGCCUGAUGGAAACACUUCUGGUUUGUGACAGCAGCUGGGACCCGGUGAAUGACCACUGCGGGGUGGGUGCUGUCAUCUCCGUGAACUUGCCGAAAGGCAGUUCCAGCAGCUCUGAGGCUGUCUCCUCAAGUCUGCACCUCUUCCCAGUGCGUUCGCGAUUUGUUUUAUGCACCUUUCUGACCGAGUCAGCUGCUCAGCGUCUGUGCCCGUGAAGUUCUGUGUGUGUUCGUUAACAUUUUAAAUAAGUGACUAGAGAAAUUCCUCUGGAGGGGUUUUUGUAAGAAGGCAGAAAGGAAACCUACCUGAAUGCAUUUGACUAGUUUUUUGAGCCACUCAGUUGAACGCAAGUGCUGCAGACACAAUUUCUGCACUCUGACCCAGCCUGAAAUGAGACUUAUGAAAGGCACAGCCCCUGCUGUGUUCUGACAGUCCUCAGCAGCGGCUGCACCAGCGUGGACAGUGUUUUAUAAGGGGGAGUGUAUGCACACGCAUGUGUGCUGAAGGGAGACCCAGCCUUGUGCUUUGCCGUGGCCCCUGGGAAAUUCUAGGUGUGAGCUGCUCCAGUGGUGUGUGUUCAGUCAGACUGCACAGCUGGAGGACCCACUGGUAGCGUCCCAGCCAAUGUGCCAUUAAUGUGGCCAGAGUUGACACAGCCCAAGCUGUGAUGCCCCAACCACCUCGUGUGGACCUUUGCCAGCAGGUCUGGGUCAUGACUGCCUUUGACAAGCAUUGGCCACGUGGAGGGGCCCAGACCCAUGGGGAUGUCCCCUGUGGAGACCUCCACCAGGCAUCCAGCCCACAGCCCCAGGUAAGCCCAGAAUCAACGUCGUACCCUGAAGAAACCCAGAUUUCUCAAGUCUGCCCGAAUGUUAGCUCCUCUGAUCAACGUUCUCACAGUCUCAUGUUUUGAGAGGCACCAUUGCAUUGUACUGUGGCAUUCUUCUACUGUUUUUAAAGAACAGGUGGGAGAGAAGCAGGAAAGGAAACUGGCCAUGCAGCUCGCACAGUGGCCCAUGUUGAGUGGCUGGAUUUGUCUGGUGGGGGAUGUCGUCAUGGAGUCUCCCUCAUGCCAACGUUUAGCAGAAGUUCUGGAAGCUAUUGUAGAACUGUACAACUAUGUGUGCUUGCUGGCAGCCAUGAAAGGGUACCCCAGACCCUGCCAUGUGACCGGCAGCCCCAAGAGGCCCUGGAGCAUCCGAAGGACUUGGAAUGCUGUGCCCUGUCCCAGCGAGCAUGGAAAGCUAACCUUAAUGGAGUUCUCAUUGGUCAAAAGCCAGUUCUGCCUGCCACGUGCUGGGUGGCCGAGGACCCGUGCUUUGAGCAGCGGUACUUUGUGACAGCAGCAGAAUGGACCGGGGUCAGCUCUGGGUUCUGAGUGUAACGCUGUUUUCGUUGUCCUGUAUCUCUCACAUCAUGCUGUGAAGGUGUUGACUACGACUGUGACUGUAUACACUUCAGAGAGCUUUAUUUUGAGUGAGCAUUUUGUUAGGGUUUAUAAAAGAUAUUUUCCUAUUUAGACCUCAGGGCUAUUUUGGGAUCCACGAUGAAAUGUCACCCCAGCAGCUUCAAUUCUCAAAGGGGCGAUCGCCUUUCUGUGAAAUACGAUGUCAUGUUAUUUCCAGGAAAGACUGUGUUUUUCCUUUUUAACUUCUAACCAGUUCUGUGUCUGAUGUUUUAAAAGGAUGUAAGAGAGAUGUCCUAAUGUAAAGAACUGGGAAAAUUAUGGCUAAAGAAUUAAAAACCACUUGCAAAAUAAA